AUGGCUUUGCGAGUUGGAGCCUCGAAGGUUGGCUUUGCAGGUGGCGGCGGCUUUGGCGGGACCGUCGUGCGCUACGGGCUCUCCUUGAUCCACGGCUACUGCUUCGGCUACUGCGUCUACGUCUUGGCCGUGAAGCCCACCUUCAUUCAGACACGCCUGGCCGUGCUGGAUAUGUUCCCAAGCCUGAAGUCGGACGACUGA